CUAAAAGUAACCUAAGUCAAUAACCCGCCGCGCUAAGGAUCCGCGCAUCAUCCAUUACUUCCUUGGUUGUUCUGACUUCUGCACCAAAACUCAACCCAAAACAAAACUUUCAAACCGCCCCAUUUUCCUUGUUCCAAUCGUUUUCCUGGAAAAUUCCAGAUAAAGGAACAGUGCGUAAGUCCGCACUCUUCCUUGUUUCUCUCAUCCUUUGAUCGCAACAUGGUAGCUCAAACCAUGUCGAUUCGGAAUCUACUGAAUCGCGGACUUUCUCGCAAUUUUCUUGCGUUGUUGAUCAUCUCCAGCUGCUUUCCAGGGUUGAUUUUAUCGGCGGUAGUUACACUGGAUUCGAUUGAGAUAUUUAAUACGCACGAGUGGUUUCCCGGAAAACCGACAGUUUAUUUUGCAUGUAAAGGGCAGAACAGGACGUUUUUGCCUGAUGUCAAAAAUAAAAACGUCCCGUACGUUUUCAAGGGCGAAGAAUCAUGGCAGCCGCUUACAAAACUUGAAAGCAAAAAGUGCAAACGGUGUGGGUUCUAUGAGCAAGACACCAUUAAAUCAGACGACGUAUUUGAUGAGUGGGAGUUUUGUUCUUCUGAUUUUAAAGAUGGGAAAUAUAUUAGAGUCAAGGAAAAGGAGUUCAAUGCUACUUUCCUAUGUUCACAAUGUGCAUCUGUUCCAAAUGAUUCCACUGAGGCCUCUGCAUCGGAUAAGAGGGUUAACAAAAGCCAUAUUGCUAUAGUGAUAGUGAUCAGUGCACUGGUUUCAACUGUUAUGAUUAUUGCGGCAGUAGCAGUGUAUAAGUUCUGGCAAAAGAGGAAGAGGGAACAAGAUCAGGCUCGGUUUUUAAAGCUAUUUGAAGAUGGGGAUGACAUUGAGGAUGAACUGGGUCUUGGACCUUAGUGUGUAUAAUGAAAUAGUAACUUGGUAAACUCCUGUACAGUAAGGAAAUCACUUCUGCAAAAUUUUGAAAGGGCAUUUAAGGAUCCAUGUAGCUUGAUCACAUAUGUGUAUAUAUGAACUUCUGUAGACCGUACCUUUGUUAAAUAAAUCUCUUUGGCCUGC